AUGCGCGAUGCGAACGUCUACAGUCUCAAGCGGGCAAUGCCCCGCAUGAGCUGGCACCCGCGCAACUUGUACAACCUCUGGCGGCGCUCCUUAGGCGCAAAGGUCGAGGACACCGUAUUCACGCGGACCAACAGGAGUCUCUACCAGCAGCGCUGGGUGUCCAAGGCGCUCCUCCGCGCGUACCACGGCGACUACAUCAAUGAGAAGAUAUUCAAGCGGUGGUACCUGCCCCAGACACUCCCGGACGUGCGCGAGACCCUGUCAAACACCUCUUCUUCCACGGAGUCGGUGAACAAAUGGGCGUUACGAGAAGACGCGGCGCAGAAGGAAGCAAAGCGGCUACAGAACGAGCGGGAGAAGGGCCUCGCUCCAGUGGGCAGCUUGAUGUUCCGCGAGGUCGAGAGGCGGAUCGACGUGCUGCUAUUCCGGGCAUGCUUCGCGCAUAGCGUAUAUGAAGCGCGGAGAAUGGUCGUGCACGGGGACGUGCUACUCAAUGGCAAGAAGCACACGAACCCAAAUACUAGACUGGCGCCAGGUGACAUGUUCUCUGUGGACCCAAAAGCGAUCCGCUUCCUCCAAGCCAAUGCAGCACAAACAGCUGAGUCCGAGUCAAGUGAAGAAACGCCAGAGGACGAGUCUGCGGCCGAGACGGCGGAGGAGGAUUCGAGAGUAGUGAGGAUAGAGUCUUCGGAAGACGCGGACGGAGAAGCCAGCCCAGCUUCCUCUAAAUCCAACUCAUCAAAACCCUCGACACCAUUGCCGAAGUGGGCCAAACCCGGCAGCGGCGUGACACCCUUCCACCUCCCGCCUUACGCUUCACCCUUCCUGUUUAUCCCCGCCUACCUCGAGCCGUCCUUUGCAACAUGCUCUGCCGUCUACGUGCGGCAUCCGACUGCCCGGCCAGGCUACUCUGAGAUACCCACGCCGUACGACGCGGACGGUGAGAUCGUGCGCGCGGCCUGGGAGUGGUACACACGCGUGCGCCCGCGAAUGCGGAGCAAGAGCCAGCUUGCACGGAUGCCGGAAAAUAGGCAGUAG